UUUCAUCUUUCUUGUGAUAAUAAUGUCAACAAUAUUAUGGAGGGUAUUAUUGUCAAUUUAGAACAUGCUUACCAACUUUUUCAAAAUUUAAACUGAAUUUUUUUUUUUUUUUUAAAAAACCAUUACCCCGUAACAUGAAACAACACAAAAGCUAAAGUUCAAAGAAACGAACCAUCCUCGACAGUUCCUAAACUUGCAGAUUUUCCUUUUUUAUUUUUAUUUUUUAAGAUUUUUGUUCUUUCUUUACAAUUUUACCUUUUUUUUUUACUUCAUCAGAAUGCUUUGUAUCCAAGCUACUCUAUGACAUAGAAUCACUACCUAAUUCUUUUUAGGAAUCCUUUUUUUUUAAAAAAUUAAUUUUGUCGUUACUUUCAUUAUUUGUUUUUACCUUUUUUUUUUUUGCUAUAUAUUGGUUACAAAAUUUUCCUAUUUUGUUGGACCAAGUAAAUUUCCAUGGUGUUUCCUCUGUUUUCCUGGCAAGUAUUUUCUUUUUCUCAUUUUUUGUUUUUACUAGAAUUGUGUAAUUGUUGAUUUCUUUUAUGGGAUUUGUUCAUAUUUUGUGAAUUUAACAUAAAGGUGUAAACUUUUCCUUCAUUAGCAAAGUUUAGAAUUUGAAUUUCAAAGGUAAUGUUAGUUAUUAUGUUAAUACGACUUUUAUUGGUUUGAUUAUGACAUAAAAACUGUUUUUGACUGAGUUACGUUUGUGGAUUCUUCACGUUGGUUUGGUUUGACAUUUUAAUCAGCACAAAGACAGAAUUAAUUGAUUAUAAUAUAAAAUUGAAAUCAGUUUGAAAAUCAAAUAUACUAUAUGAUCUGAGUAAUUUUCCUUUUUUGUAUGAACAUUAAUGCAGGAGAAAAAAAGAUGGAAUUUUAAGAAUUGUAAGUUAAGAAAGAUCGAGAAUCUUUGUUGGGUUGUGAGUUUGCAAUGGUAGCAAUAACAUCAAUGGAAGAAAAACCAUUUCCUGCUUGGUCUUGGUCUUGGUCUGUUGAAAAAUGCUUGAAAGAGUACAAUGUCAAACUAGACAAGGGUUUGGGUAGUUAUGAAGUUGAAAAGCGAAGGGAGAAGCAUGGUUGGAAUGAGUUAGACAGAGAAAAAGGGUAGCCUCUAUGGCAUCUUGUGUUGGAACAAUUUGAUGAUAUGCUUGUAAAGAUAUUGAUCACGGCCGCGUUUAUCUCUUUUAUACUUGCUUAUUUACAUGGCCGGGAGUCCGGUGAGACCGGUUUUGAGGCCUAUGUUGAGCCUUUUGUAAUUGUGUUGAUCCUUAUUCUUAAUGCCAUUGUUGGGGUAUGGCAAGAGACUAAUGCAGAGAAAGCCCUUGAAGCACUGAAAGACUUGCAGGGUGAGUCUGCAAAGGUUGUAAGAGAUGGUUAUGUUAUCCCGGACUUGCCUGCAAAGGAGCUAGUCCCGGGUGACAUAGUUGAAUUGCGAGUAGGAGAUAAAGUUCCUGCUGAUAUGAGAGUUGCUGCUCUGAAAACCUCGACUUUGAGGGUUGAGCAAAGCUCAUUCACAGGAGAAUCUAUGCCUGUUCUGAAGUGCACUUUGCCUGUUUUCCUAGAUGACUGUGAAUUGCAGGCAAAGGAGAACAUGCUUUUUGCAGGCACGACGAUUGUCAAUGGGGCUUGUCUUUCUAUUGUUGUUGAUACUGGGAUGAAGACUCAGAUUGGUAAGAUUCAGACUCAGAUUCAUGAGGCCUCAUUAGAUGAGAGCGAGACUCCCUUGAAGAAGAAGCUCGACGAGUUUGGUAGUAGGCUUACUACUUUCAUUGGAAUUGCUUGCUUUCUUGUUUGGGUUAUUAACUACAAAUACUUCUUAUCAUGGGAUGUUGUGAAUGGAUGGCCAACAAAUUUCCGAUUUUCUUUUGAGAAGUGUACGUACUAUUUUAAGAUAGCUGUUGCCCUUGCAGUAGCUGCCAUUCCUGAAGGCCUAUCUGCAGUCAUCACAACCUGUUUGGCUUUAGGCACAAGGAAGAUGGCACAGAAGAAUGCAAUAGUUAGAAAGCUGCCUAGUGUAGAAACCUUAGGAUGUACUACCGUUAUUUGCUCGGAUAAAACAGGCACUCUGACAACCAACCAGAUGGCUGUGACCGAGUUCUUCACUCUGGGAGGAAAAUCUACAACUUCACGAGUUUUUAAAGUUGACGGAACUACAUAUGAUCCAAAGGAUGGAGGAAUAGUGGACUGGAAUUGCUAUAAUAUGGACGCAAGCCUCCAAGCUGUGGCAGAAAUAUCUGCUGUCUGCAAUGAUGCUGGGAUUUUCUGCAAUGGUCGUGCUUAUCAAGCCACUGGUUUGCCUACUGAAGCAGCACUUAAGGUUUUAGUCGAGAAAAUGAGUGUUCCUGAUGCUAAGGUGAGGAACAAAAUCCGUGACAUGCAGUUUGCUGCAAACUACAUGAUCGAUCGUACUUCAGUCAAACUUGUUUGCUGUGACUGGUGGGCAAAGAGGUCAAAGAGGUUGGCUACACUGGAGUUUGAUCGAUUUUGCAAGUCUAUGAGUGUCAUUGUCCAAGAACCAACUGGUCAAAACCGUCUACUUGUUAAGGGCGCUGUUGAGAGCUUAUUGGAGCGCACUUCACAUGUUCAACUAGCAGAUGGAUCAAUGGUUCCAAUUGAUGAAUCCUGCAAGCAAUUGUUGCUGUUGAGACAGUUUGAGAUGAGCUCAAAGGGAUUGAGAUGUCUGGGACUGGCAUACAAGGAUGACUUGGGUGAGAUUUCUGAUUACUCCAAUGCAAGUCAUCCAGCCCAUAAGAAGCUCCUUGAUCCUGCUUGCUACCCAGAAAUUGAGAGCAACCUUGUUUUCGUGGGAGUUGUUGGUAUAAGGGAUUCACCUCGUGAGGAAGUACCACAAGCAAUGGGUGAUUGUAAACAAGCAGGGAUUAGAGUGAUUGUCAUUACUGGAGACAACAAGUCUACAGCUGAAGCCAUCAGUCAAGAAAUCCAGCUGUUUGCUGACAGUGAAGAACUGAAGGGAAGAAGCUUUACUGGCAAAGAAUUCAUGGCACUUUCCUCUUCAGAACAGAUUGAAAUUCUAACUAGACCUGGAGGGAAGGUUUUUUCUCGCGCUGAGCCUAAACACAAGCAAGAAAUUGUUAGGAUGCUAAAGGAGAGCGGAGAGAUUGUUGCUAUGACCGGAGAUGGUGUCAAUGAUGCUCCUGCUUUAAAACUUGCAGACAUUGGAAUUGCAAUGGGCAUUUCUGGAACUGAGGUGGCAAAAGAAGCUGCAGAUAUGGUGUUGGCUGAUGAUAACUUCAGUAGCAUAGUUUCUGCUGUUGCUGAGGGUCGCUCAAUUUAUAACAACAUGAAAGCUUUUAUUAGGUACAUGAUAUCAUCCAAUGUCGGUGAGGUUAUGUCCAUAUUCUUGACUGCGGCACUUGGCAUUCCAGAAUGUAUGAUACCAGUACAGCUUUUGUGGGUAAAUUUGGUCACAGAUGGCCCACCUGCUACAGCCCUAGGUUUCAACCCUGCAGAUGUAGACAUCAUGCACAAACCGCCCCGCAAAAGUAAUGAUCCUCUAAUCAAUUCCUGGGUUCUCUUCCGAUACCUGGUGAUUGGGUCCUAUGUUGGCUUGGCAACAGUCGGAAUUUUUGUCUUAUGGUAUACUCAACCUUCUUUUCUGGGUAUCAAUCUCAUAAGCGAUGGCCACACACUCAUACAAAUGUCUCAGCUACAAAACUGGGGAGAGUGCUCAUCAUGGUCAAAUUUCACUGCUUCCCCAUUCACAGUUUCAGGGGGGCACAUUAUAAGCUUCACAAAUCCAUGUGACUAUUUUUCAGUUGGUAAAGUGAAGGCAAUGACCCUUUCACUUUCUGUUUUGGUGGCAAUAGAGAUGUUCAACUCUUUAAACGCCCUCUCUGAAGACAACAGUCUGAUCACAAUGCCACCCUGGAGAAACCCUUGGCUGUUGAUUGCCAUGUCUUUCUCUUUUGGGCUUCACUGUCUCAUAAUGUAUGUUCCCAUACUGGCAAAUGUGUUCGGUAUAGUUCCACUGACUUCUGCUGAGUGGUUAUUAGUCAUCAUUGUUUCGGCUCCAGUGAUCCUUCUUGAUGAAAUUCUCAAAUUAGUAGGAAGGAGUCGACGAAAGAUUUCAAAGGUGAAGGUGAAGGCAAUGUAAGCCUUGUGUUCUGGUGCAAUUUGAGAACUAACAGACUGAAGCCCUGCAAUGGUAUGAAAAGCAUGGCACAAUAUAUAUAACUUUGUUUUUCCAUAUGAUUUACGUCCUGUAGCAUAUGUGUAAAUUUAGAUUCAGUAGUGCUUGUCCAUGUACAUUUUAACAACAAAAGAAUGUGUUUUUAUUUUUUCUUUUCUAUUUACUGCCUUUUACAGGCAAGUUAGCAUAAAGUGAACGCUCAAUGUUCCAAACCUAGCAUGUAUAAAAAAUGCCUGAGUUUUUUCAGUGAUUUUUCAGCUGUUGCAUAAUAAAGCUAAAAUACAGUGGUGAUGAGUUAUA